UUGUGAAAGACAAAAACAGUGGACGCACACGGGAGAGUGUAUUUUUGGAAACCUACUACCCGACCUCUGAGCAGACUGACGACCACCGCAUCGUAAUUACAACAUAUCUGUUCGUAUUAAACGAGCUCUGGUCAAGAUUUGGACUCUGAGCAAAGACGAAAAGCAGAUCAACAUCAGCAGAUGGACGGACCAAGUCGGGAACAAAACAAACCGUGUCACCCUGACUACACGAGUGGCUGAAUCAUUCACAGGCUAGCCAGCCACCAGACAGCUGCCAGUUGCUCGUCAGUAGGGAGUAAGAAUGUGAAGCACAAUGGCCAACCUUGAAGCUUACCAGGAGUAUCAGAGAAUUGAGGACUUUGAGGAGGACUCACCACCAGGGGAGGAGGAUUUACUGGUGCAUGUACCCGAAGGCCUGAAAGACUCAUGGCAUCACAUCAAGAACCUGGAUAACUUCUUCACAAGAAUCUACCAUUUUCAUCAAAAGAAUGGAUUUGCUUGUAUGAUGUUGACAGAGUUCUUUGAACUUGUUCAGUUUUUGUUUGUUGUCACAUUCACAACGUUCCUUGUCAACUGCGUGGAGUACGAUGUCCUGUUUGCCAAUCGAGUCGUCAAUCACACAGGGCCGGGCCAGAAUCCCUUGGACAGGAACAAGGUCACUCUUCCAGAUGCCAUCCUACCCAGCCAGCAGUGUACUCAGAGGAUCCAGGAAAACAGCUGGAUCAUAUUCCUUCUCAUCAUGGCAGCCAUCUUCUGGGUCUAUCGACUCAUUAAAGUCUUUUGCAAUGUUCUGAGCUAUUGGGAGAUCAGGCAGUUCUACAUCAAAGCGCUGAAGAUCAGAAUGGAUGAACUAUGCAACUUCACAUGGCAGGAAGUGCAGGACCGGCUCAUCAGCCUGCAGCGCGAACAGCAAAUGUGCAUACACAAGAAAGAGCUGACAGAACUCGACAUCUAUCACCGCAUCCUGAGAUUCAAGAACUACAUGGUGGCCAUGAUAAACAAAUCACUCCUACCAGUGCAGCUGCAGCUCCCCCUGCUGGGCAAUGUGGUAUUCCUCACACAAGGCCUGAAGUACAACUUUGAGCUCAUACUAUUCUGGGGUCCUGGCUCUCUGUUUCAGAAUAAAUGGAACCUGCACCCCAAGUACAAGCGCAUUGGAAACCGCCUAGAGCUCGCCCAGCAGCUUAGUAGAGUCAUCCUGCUGAUGGGUUUGGCCAAUUUGCUGCUGUGUCCCUUCAUCCUGGUGUGGCAAGUGCUGUAUGCUUUUUUCAGCUACACUGAAGUGAUCCGCAGAGAGCCCGGGAGCCUGGGUGCCCGACGUUGGUCCCUGUACGGUCGUUUAUACCUGCGUCACUUCAAUGAGCUGGACCAUGAGCUGCAUGGACGCUUAGGCCGCGGCUACAAGCCCACUUCCAAAUACAUGAACUCCUUUACAUCACCCCUGCUGACUGUGCUUGCUAAAAACAUUGCCUUCUUCUCUGGCUCGGUGUUGGCUGUGCUCAUUGCACUGACAGUCUAUGAUGAGGACGUUCUGACAGUACAGCACAUUCUGACCCUUAUCACUGUGCUGGGGGUGGUUAUUACUAUCACCAGGUCCUUCAUCCCAGAUGAGCAUAUGGUGUGGUGUCCAGAACAGCUGCUGCAGUGCAUGCUGGCACACAUUCACUACAUGCCAGACCACUGGAGGGGCAAUGCUAACAAGAGCGAGACCCGUGACGAGGUGGCACAGCUGUUCCAGUACAAAGCGGUGUUCAUCUUGGAGGAGUUGCUCAGUCCUAUCGUCACACCCUUCAUUCUCAUCUUCCUUCUGAGGAACAAGUCUCUAGAGAUCAUUGACUUCUUCAGGAGUUUCACUGUGGAGGUUGUUGGAGUUGGAGACAUCUGUUCCUUUGCGCAGAUGGACAUCAGACGCCAUGGAAACCCAACAUGGAUGUCAGAGGGCCAGACAGAGGCCUCCAUAUACCAACAGGCCGAGAAUGGCAAGACAGAGUUGUCUCUCAUGCAUUUCACCAUUAAGAACCCACGUUGGCAGCCGCCACAGGAGAGCUCAGUGUUCAUCAGCCAUCUAAAGGAGAAGGUGCAUCACGAUGCACAAGGUGGCCCCUCCACCCAGCUGCUGCUCUCUGAGGCUCCUCUCUGCACUUCACUGCAGUCCAAUGAGUCUGGCACUGGGCCUGAUAAUCUGUUGGCCAGUGUCCUGGCCCACCCCAUUCUAACUGCAUCUGGACUACAAGGGCGAGAUCAUCGCUUCAUCCCGCCAAGCACCGCUGCUUCUGCUGCUGCCAGUGUCCUGGCCUCUUUAUCCACCUCCCAGCUCACACAUGCCAGCCGCGGCCGCUCUCACGGCCUCCUGCCCUCAUCCGUCCAUCCUGAGAGCACCAUGUACCGCAGCGAUCGCACCGUCAUGGACAGUAUGUCUAUCAGUGACUCUCGCAUUCGGAGCAAUGCGCUGCACUCAGAGUUUGCCUCAGCAGAGAUGAGCCUCCACGCUAUCUACAUGCAUGAGCUCCACCAGCAGAGCUCCCACCCGCAGAGACCUUCGGGGCAGUGGCAGAACCCAGUGCCAUUGAGAGAUCUACACGCAAGCACUGGUUUCCAGGCACAUAGUAGCCUUGGUUCCACAAUUUCCAUGCCCCAUCCUGUGCACCUUGGUGGCUGGCAAGAGGAGGAGGAGGAGGAUGAAGAAGAUCAGGAGAUUAACAGUGGAUCUACUCCAAAACAGGGCACCAGGAGUAGUUGUUGAAGUGCCUUUUGUCAUCAGUGUUUACAUUUUACUUUCUUCAAUGAACAUUGUGGCCUUAGAUGAUCUUCAUGGAGAAUUUAGCAUGGACCUUUAAAACAUCAUUCAGCGUUUGUUGUAAGAGGGGCUCAUUGAAUAACCACUGUCUCUGCACCUCCACGCCUCAUCCUGUCACACCAGGCAGACUAUGGCAUCAGGGAAACCAUAUGUCUUCCGUCCGUUUCAUCACGAUUUUUGUCAUAUAAACAUGUACAGACAAACUGCGUAUAAAGUGACAGAGAGACAAUAUAGUGUAUUCAUAGGAUCACUGUGUGAUGGUGAGUGUGGUCAAUUUUAUUGUGGAACGCAAAAGGCUCAUAGUGACUUUAAUUCAAGUAUUUGUACAUCACAAGGUUUUACAGUCUUAAUUGUAGUUUUUGACAUAAAGGUGUCCUGAUCUGUGCUACAAAGACUGUAAGCUGUAUCAUAGCUGCCUGAACAAAUUGUGAUCAUCUGAAAAAAUUAAUUCAAUAUUUCAACUCGUGCUGUUUGACCCUUGUGAUUUGUAAAUACACUUUUGCGUCUUACUCCUCCUUGAAAAGUCCACAUUUUUACUACCAGAUCUAAUCCUUGAAAAAUAUACCAAGUAUUGCUAUGAUAAGGAGCUAAGUGUACAGUAGCCGUACUAAAACACCAUGUGUACCUGGAAAAAGCCCCAUUGGGCUUGAUAAACUAGGCAUACACAUGCUUUGAUGCUGCUGUCUGUGUUUAGUGGUCCUAAAUACAGAUUUUGUUCAGUAUUAAUAUUUCUACAGCUCAUGUAUCAAGACCUUUGCCAAUCCUUAAAAAACAGGAUUGAAAUCAUGGAUCAGAAUGCACUUGGCAUCAAAUCCCAAUGCAGAUAGAAGAUGUAUUUUAAUUCUAUUAAAGCUAGACACAGAGUCAGCUUUAUGCCUUAACACUUAUGUAUUUAAAUCCUAGUUUUCCGUAUUACCUCAGUGGCAGUGACGAAAACCUAAUUUUCCAAUGAGUACCUCUGCAGUUCAUUUACUCUUGUAUAAAUAGAAAUAUAUUUGAGUUUUUCUCAUCAUACAGAUGCAUCUUUUAACUGCAUUUUGAUUUUGAUGGCAGGUGUAAAUGGAAUCCAUUUCACUUUCUGCUUUUAUUCUUUGCCCAGCAAAUGUUUUGAGUCAAGCAUUGAUGUCCCAGAAAUAGUCAAGAGGAAUCUUUUCUUUUUUUCUUUUUCUUUUUCCUUUUUUUUAGAACAAAACAGGGUGGUAUUGCUUUUACAAAUCUUGGUUGUGUGCACUAAUUUUGCACCUUUUUUUUUUGCAAAUGUUCACAUGAACAUGGAAUUCCAUCAUAAGGGCUGACUUCAAAGUGUGCACAGUUGAAUCUGCAGCUUUAGGUUUGAAGAUUUUUUGACAGAUUCUCUCAGUGUUGGCGUUAUACUUUCAAAGUAUGAGUGUGAGAAGAAAAAAGGCUUGCCACAGUCAGAAUCAUUGAUUAGCUUUAGGUUUAUUUAUUACCUGUUUCCCCCUCAGAUAUUUAAUUGAUAUAUGUGUAUUAUUUAUUUGAAAAAAAAAAAAAUCAUUUAUUUAGAUUUGUCACUAAAGUUUAUAUUCUCGUUGAUAAAAGAAAUGGCAUGUUCCCCCCCCAAAUUUAAAAGAAGUUCAAAAAAUGAUUUUGGUAUAAUGCUUUUAUUAAUGCAAAAAUAACAUGCCCAGCUGCAUGAUAUUGAAUGUGAUUUACACUUUAAAUAAACUGGGACUAUAUCUGCUUGUUGAUGUGGUGCGCAAAAUACUGCUCUACACAUUUUUCUACUUCAUUCUGCACACAGGAGUAGGCAUGGGACGAUAUGAAAAUGUUGCGAUUAUCCUGGCCAAAAUAACUGUGAUUCAUGGUAUUAUCCUGAUAAACAUCAAAAUAUGCUUAAAACUCUAAAAAUGGCACUAAAACAUACUGGAAUCACUUUACCUUACAUUUUCUUAAGAAACAAAUAUUUCCAGAAUGACUGGAAAGAUGUGGGCUCCCCCUUGUGGUAAUUCAAAAUAAAUCAGGAAAUCAACAUAGGACUGUAUGUUAGUGAGCUAUACAGCUUUUUCAGGUCACUCGUGAGGAUAUACACGAUUAUCCUGAUAAUGGAAAUUCACCAUGAUCAUUUUAUCGUGUUUUUUAAUCACGAUCUGCAAUAAAAUCUUUUAUCGUCCCAUCCCUACACAGGAGAUGAUAGUAAACUAGUUCUCACUUCACUAAUGCAACACUUUAGAGCUUACAGAUACGUCUUUGCCCUCUCGUGUGUUUAAAACUUGUUCCACUUUCUUUGUGAGUGUGUAUGUGGAGGGACUGCUGAUCUUGACACCUGCAUAAUUAUGCUAACAUUAACUCAGAAUUUUGCACUGACAGAAAACAAGCUGUUUUUCUUUUUAAAAAAAAAAAAAAAAGUACAUAUACAGUACUUGCAACAGUCACAUUUUAGAAAGGGCAGGUCUCAAAGGGACACCGAGUCAAUCUCCAUCCUGAGUGACCUCUUCUCAUUGUUUGUAUAUAAGCAUAGCAUCAGCACGUAUUGUAUUGUCUUUGUCCACAGCAGACCAUCUGGAAGCACUGUGGCCGAUCAUGCAAGGCUGUUCUUACCUCUGGUCAGUAAAAGCUCGCCCUGUAGGGGACGACGUGUGUUUUAUGUCACACUGUUAAAUUUGCUAACAUGGGUAUUGUGGUCGCUGUUCGUUUGUGGUACAUCUUAACAUGCAGUGAGUUUUAUGUUGUAGAGACACUGGAGCUCAGCUUUGUGUACAGAGUUGAUUUCUCCACAUUCACACCUCACUGUUAUCUUUGUCAUUUUAUUUUAAGCAGUGCCUUAGUAUUAAGGAUUAGUAUUUGUUCUUUGUAGAAGUCAUCUUAUGUAAACCAUCAAAUUUACUUUUAACAGGUUUAGCAGCACGUUAUGUACAGUAUUUUUUUUUUGGCAAGUCAUUGUGUAUAGCAUCAAGUAUGAAGUGAAGAUGUGGAUGUGGCUUGUAAGAUGAGUUGCAAACAGAUUUUGAGCCCCUGUGUCAGUCUGUUGCAUCUGACAGCGCACUCCUUAUCAUGGUGUCUAAACUUGCACUGUCUUUAAAAUCCUAAAGAGGCAGGAGUACAGUAUGCCUUGUUAUUGGCAGUGUCAUCAUGGCCAAUUAUCUCACCAUACUAUGGUUUCAUAUCCACUAUACACCAGUCUAAGUAUCACAGUGACUGGAACAAGGUGCUAAGUUUUCAUCCUGAAAUGUUGAAUAUGUUUUAAGAUAUGUUUUUUUUUUUCUUGCUUGUUCUGUUACAUAGGUUUGUCUGUUUGUUUUGUUCUGUAAAUUAAGAAACACUAGCUGAAAAAUGAAACAUGCCAAAAGAACUUGUUUUCGGCACAGCUUUACAAUACACGUGUUGUUUUCUGUGAGUGAGUAGAGAGGCAAAUAAAUCUUAUUUUGAGUGUA